CGCCGCCAGUCUCAAGCAGGUGUCCAACAUGGCGAUCACGGGGAGCGGAUCUCUCGCUAUUUCUCUCUAUGUUUUCGUAAUUUCAGCGGCGUUUCUUUCGAAAGGAUCUGCUGAAACCGUGACAGUCGAUGGUCUGAACCUGGCGACCGACAACGUGUCGGUGAUCGAGGGGGAAAUGGCCACCAUCAGCUGCAGAGUGAAGAACAACAACGAUGACUCUGUAAUCCAGCUGCUCAAUCCCAACAGACAAACCAUCUACUUCAAGGACGUUAGACCUCUGAAGGACAGCCGGUUCCAGCUGGUGAAUUUCUCUGACAACGAACUGCGGGUGUCUCUGUCCAAUGUGUCACUCUCCGAUGAGGGACGCUAUGUGUGCCAGCUCUACACAGAUCCUCCUCAGGAAGCCUACGCAGACAUCACUGUCCUGGUUCCUCCAGGCAACCCAAUCAUUGAGAGCCGCUACGAUGUGGUCAGCGAGGGGAACGAGACGGAGCUCACCUGCACAGCCAUGGGCAGCAAGCCAGCUGCCUCCAUCAGAUGGAUGAAAGGGGAGGAAGAACUGACAGGUGAGACAACAGUUGAGGAGACGUAUGACAGGAUGUUCACUGUCACCAGCCGUGUAAGAUUUUCUGUUACCAAAGAGGAUGAUGGAGUGCCAGUGGACUGCAUCAUUGACCAUCCAGCUGUAAAGGACCUCCUGGCUCAAAGACACUUGGAAGUGCUAUAUAAACCAGAAGUGAAGAUUGUGGUCACAUCUCCUGACGGUUUAACCAGAGAGGGUGACAAUCUAUAUUUGACAUGCAUCGCAGAAGGAAAACCAUAUCCCCUUCAGGUCAGCUGGCUGAGAGUAGACGAGGAUGUGCCGCCUCACGCUGUGGUCACUGGCUCUGAUCUGUACAUCGAGAACCUCAACAAGUCCUACAACGGCACCUAUCGCUGCGUGGCGUCCAAUGCCGUGGGAGAAGCCUACGACGACUACAUCCUCUAUGUAUAUGAUGCUCCCACUACUAUCCCCACACCCACCACCAACCCAGUCAACACGCAAGACUCAAGAGCCAGUGAGGGGGCACCGCAGAAAAUUGACCAUGCUGUCAUCGGAGGAGUGGUUGCCGUGGUGAUGUUUGCCAUCCUUUGUGCACUCAUUGUUCUUGGUCGAUACUUUGCCAGACACAAAGGAACUUACUUCACACAUGAAGCCAAAGGGGCGGACGACGCAGCCGACGCAGACACGGCCAUCAUUAAUGCGGAGGGCGGACACAACAACACAGACGAGAAGAAGGAGUACUAUAUCUAAACUGGACAGGCCAGGAGAGACGGUUGGGGAUGCUGGUGGUGGUGGUGCUGUAGGAGCAUUAUGUCUAACUCUGAUUGGUUAUGAGAAGGCUUGGGGCAGGGAGGGCGAGAUUUAAAGAGGAAGAGAAGAAAGUGGAAAGUAGGACUGGCAUGGCCAAGUGGUAAGAAGAGGCGUUGCUGAAUCUCCUAUCCGACCCUUCCUGGACUGCUGGGGCCUAUUCUGUACAGUUCAAUUAUUUUACAGACAAUUUUGUGCCUUGUUCUAUUUCUUUUCUUUAUUUAAUUGUUUUCCCCAAUCACAUUAUUUUUGGAUUGGAUUUCUUUCCCCAAUAUACGUCACCUAAACCUUUGUUCCAUUUGGCUUUUGGAGAUUAAAUGGGCCUGGUGUUUGUCUAUGUGUUCUGCAGCUAGCUUUUAGCUCAUGUGCCCAGAUCAGAGGAGCCAGCUCAUACACACUUCUUUUUGUUUUAGUAAUCUCCAGAGUUCAGUAACUUGAACACAGUGUCAAUACAUUUCUCCCUACUGGGGCAAAGUCCAACAGUCCCUGCAAAUUCAUCACAUAUUGGUUUUGACAUAUUUAAGUGCAGAUUUCACUCACCCCCCCCCUUUGAGGUCAGGUUCACUGUGUUGAUUACUAAUGUAACAGUUGUGAGUAAUCAUGCUCAUCAUAGAAUGUAUUUGUUCCUGAAAGUGAAGUAGCAGUUAAGUACCAUUUCACAACAAACCGCAAAGUACAAAUGGUCCCUCGCUGGUUUCAAGAAAACAUCUGAUGAUUAGUAGAUGUGAGGUCGGUUUAGUAUUUGAUUAGGGUAUUGUGGAGUUAAGUCAGACAUCCUGACAGCUGUAUUGUGCCAUGAUAUAGAGUUCAAGUUUCUAUAGAGAAAAUCCGAACCAACAUAUUUUUUUUUCUAAUUCUGUAUCAGGUUGUUUUUGUUGCUGAUUGACAGGACAGUAGAAAAUCAUCAACAACAGCAGAUAACAUUUACUAUUAUCUGCUUUCUUUUGUUCCUUUUUUUCUUUGCUGUCAUUAGCUGUACAAAGGGUUCUGAAAACAAAUCUUAAUGGAAUAGUUCAACAUUUUAGGAAAAUUAGCUUAUCGAUACCACUCUCAUGUGUGUAGCUACAUGUGAAGCUACAGCAGGCCGCCGGCAAGCUCAAUUUAGCAUAAAAACUGAAAACACGGAAUAACAGCUUGCCUGGCUCUAUUCUAAGGCAGAACAAAUGUGACUACCAACACCCCACCUGUCAUUUAUACACUUUGGUUUUUGUAAAGGUUUAACAAACAAGUUAAUAAGUGAGUGGAUCAGAUACCUUUGGACAGUGUCAGGCUAGCUGUUUCCUCAUUCCCAGUCGAUGUGCUAAGCUAAGCGUACAGUCUGCUGGCUGUAGAUUCAUGUUCAGUGUGCCAACAUAAGAGUGGUAUUGAUCUUCUCAUUUAACUGUUGGCAAAAAAAGCAUAUACGUGUAUUUCCCAAAAUAGCAAACUAAUCCUUUAAUAACAUUGCCUCUUUCCAGAGUGAUUUUAGUGAAAACAUUUUUUUGUUUUCAUCCUUUUCAUGGAUGGACCAAAAAACAUGGCAGAAUACUGCCUAAUAAGUACAGAGCCAAAAGACCAUCUGUUGGCAGAUAUUAUGUGGGUUUUUAGGGUCAGAUUUGACUUUAAUUAUGUAAACAUAAACCCUGUAGUACCUAAAAGAGCGACUAUUCCUGCUGCAUUGAUAAUGAAAUCCAAUUCAAAUGUAUUAUUUGUUGGAUAUUAGUACAGCCUGCUGUGUGUGCUUUUGGUUUGAAGAUGAAAUUCUUCCCAUUUCCAUACCACCCACACGGUCAACCCUGGACCAAAUAUAAUAAUUAUGCGAGUGUGCGUAUAUACAGCGAAUAUUACUUGUAUACAGCAAAGGCUGAAAGUCCACUGUGCAGAGUCCUCCUCUGCAAAUAAUUGAUUUUUUUUUAUCUGAUAAUACAGUACAUUGACCAUUUAACUGGACAUAUUUCCAGGGCAUUGGUUUAUUUUAUUUUUCAAAGUUUUAUAUUUAAAUUAGGUUGUACCGUGUUAAAGGGAUAAGAAUCCUUACACUUUCAAUAGCAAACUUUCCCUUCAGUGACAAAUAAGUUAUCAAGGUAUGUCGGCACGAAUACCUGUAGCAAGUAAAAAAACUAACUUUUCACUGCUUAUUUUCUGGCUUAGAAAUCCUUGCUACACAUACCUUUUUUACCCUUGCCCAUACACAAAUAUAAAAGACAUUCAAUCACUGAACAUGAAUUAGUUAUAGUUCCUUGCUGUCUGUAAAGACAUUUUACCUUUGGGCUUUGAUAACUUGUAAGAGCUCUGGGCCUUACAAGUUAUCAAAGAUUUGCAUUGAGCUUUAGACUUGGUUUGGGGAAAGACCAUUUUCUUACUGUCAUCCUGCAGCCUCAAACCUUCACACAGGAGCAGUCUACGGUUACAAAUGUAUUCCCCCCCCACCCCACCCCACCCCACCCCCCACCAACACAAAUCAGAAGAUCCGGCGCUUGCAGACAGAUACGCAGCGUGCACACCGUGCAUGCUUCAUGCCUCCGAGUCUGUCACAGCUAGAAGAGUAAAAGCCUGUUUGGUAAUUAGUAAGGGAUUUCAUUGUAUUACCUGAGUAGGACAACAAAAAACUGUAAAUGUAUUAUGAAAAAGGAUAACCACUGCCUUAAACCCAUCUCUUGAUACUUAUCAUUAUAUAGGAAAAGACUGAAGGACUUAAUUUAGUGCCUUCUUUGAUUUUGAGGCAUAUGGUUAGUAUCGUACAGUAUCCUCAUGUACACUCUUACAGUAUAUAUAUUGUAUAUUUCUGUCCUUUCUAACUUACAGGGCCAAUACUCAUCCAGGUUGUAUUUAUUCAACCACCAGACUUGCAUCACGAUUACGACCUGGAGCAUAAAAAAGCUACAAUGAGUUUAAAAUAUAUAUAUAUAUAUAUAUUUCCUUGUUUAUCAGGGUGGUAUGGCAGCUUCCACUGACUAGAAUGUCGUAUGCCAGGACGUAGUAUUUAUUUUCUUAAUUAGUGAUUGCAAAACAAUUUCAAUUUGGUCAUAAUUAUUUUCUCUGCUUCACUUCAUUUGUUAUUUAUUUGGAUGUCUUCAAGGACAAGGCUCGCUCGUAAUAUCAGACAGGAAUUAAGUACUAAAAGCUAUAGUAAGCUACAAUAAAAGUACAUUUCUCUGGAUUUUCUGAAGUUUUGGUGUCAUGUAAACAGUUAUGUGCACUGACACUUUAUUUUGAGGUUUGAUAUUUAUCAUUAAUGGUUAUAAAGCCGCUGCUGCUUUUAAUCGAGGAACAUAAAGAUUGUUGAAAGCAUCAUUCUAAUUCAAUUUUCUGAUUUGUUUUAAAUAUUUGAUAUUUAGUAUGUUUGUUUUCACUCUCUCAGGUUCAUGAGUGUUAAUAGUUGUUGUUUUUUUUGCAUCUCAGGUAGAAUGCAAAUUAAAAAGGCCCUCCAAGUAUAUACUGUAGUACCACAGCUAUUCAGACAGUGAAGAAAUCACAAGAUGUACAUGUUUUUUCCCCAUUUGUACAUGUUUAUGUGUUCUUAAUAUGGUGCACUGUUACAGUAAAUGUUAAAUAUUAUUUUGCAUAGCCCUAGUUCACAAAGAAAGAAAACUAGAUUUGUUAAACAGCCGAAAAUUAUGUACAGUCAGUGUCAACAAAAUCACAGUGAUAUUCAUGAAACUUCUUCUCUUUCCACCUUAACACUUUGCUCAUACAGUAUCGGUUAUUUAGUAAUUAUAGGAUGUGACUACAGUCGACCAAGCAUCUGUUUGCAUUCAGUCAAAUCAGGCAUCAUUUUUCAUAGAUGAAAAGAUGGUGUAUUUACUGUGACAUGAAGUUUUAUGAAUGAUCUGUAACAUGUCUUGGAUAUUUGGAUGAAACUCAUGUUUAAAGCCUUGGGGGAGGGGGGAGGGUGGUGGGCGAGGGUCGAGGGGUUUGGUCGUUUUAUUAUCCCCCAAAAAUGUUUUUUUUUGUUGUUGAAUCUUAAAUUUCUCUCGUUACCCAGGUGACAUUUUUUUCUUUUGUGUAGUGAAGAGGAUGUUUCUCAUAUGACCAUGCAUAUUUUGUAUUGGUUCACACCAACAUUUUUACAAAAGAAAAAAAAAAUCAGAAGAGUACUUGUCUUAAUAAAAAGAUAUCAAUGUUUAAA